AUGGACCUCUCAAGAGAGGACCAACUUGAUAGUAGGCUCCCCACCAGCCAAUAUAUCCAGGAGCCUAAGGUCAAACCAGAAAAAAUCGGUGGAGAGACUAUGAUGGGUAUGGUAGAGAACCCUCUGGAACCUGCAACUUGGCCCGGUCUUCCUAAGAUUGAAGGACUCGCUUACAUUACGCGGCAGAGUAAGAAAACCUUCGUGGCAUUCGUCGGUCUUCUAACGCUCUUCAACAGCGUCUUUGAUUCCACCAUACCCAGUGGGGGAAUUCGGUUCAUUGCUGCUGCAUUGAACGUGCAGGGCGAAUCUCAGCUUGCUCUGCCCACUUCCGUUUUCUUGAUCGGAUACGUGACCGGUCCCCUGGCCUUCGGGCCCAUGAGUGAAGUUUAUGGCCGACGAGUGGUCAUGAUUGGGAGCUUUGUGCUCUUUACCAUCUUCACACUUGCAUGUGCUGUGGCCCCAAGCUGGUUGGCGUUGAUCAUAUUUCGAUCAUUAUGCGGUAUCUUCGCAUCCACCCCAAUUGCAGUCACCGGAGGUAUUUUUGCUGACAUAUACCGCUCUCCUCUGACUCGGGGUCGAGUUAUGGCCCUCUCAAUGGCGGUCACUGCUGCCGGCCCGCAGUUUGCUCCAGUAAUCGCAGGGUUUGUUGCAACUGCGGGAUGGAGAUGGAUUUUUUGGGUGUCGCUCAUCCUUGCUGGUGUAACUCUGGUUCCGGUAUUGUUUCUCCCGGAAACGUUUCAGCCCGCCCUGAUGAAGCAGCCGCAACGGCGUGGUGAGGGAGUCGUCACCAAGGCGCUUGCCCGCCCACUCUACAUGCUUUUCUGUGAGCCAAUCCUAUCCUUCACUUGCCUCUAUCUGUCAUAUGCAAGUGCAAUAUUCUUCGCUGUAGGAGCUGGUAUCGGCCUGGGAAUCUUCUUAGCAUAUGACUCAUUUCUGCAGCGUGCAAAAUCAAGAAGAACCAGCUGGUCAUCCAUCGAGGAAUACCAGCGGCUUCCUCUGGCGUGUCUAGGAGGCCCCUUGUACAUGGUUGCCCUAUUUUGGCUCGGAUGGAGUGCUUCGCCAGAUAUACAUUGGAUCGUUCCUAUGCUGGCGGGUAUACCGUUUGGGAUGGGGUUCUUCCUCAUAUUUGUGGCUCUGAUUAAUUAUCUGAUCGAUGCCUAUCAUGAAUACGCCGCCAGUGCCAUGGCAGCUGCAAGCUGUUGUCGCAGUAUCUUUGGAGCCGUGUUGCCACUUGCUGCGGUCCCAAUGUUUCGCCAGUUGGGUAUAGCCUGGGGAUGCAGCUUGCUGGGCUUCUUGAGCCUUCUCAUGUCCUUGAUUCCGUUCGUAUUCAUCCGAUAUGGCGAUAAAAUCCGUUCAAGGAGCAGGUAUGGGCAUUGA